AUGCAGAAUUUCGCAAGACGGUCUUACGACCAGUCCAAAAAUACCCUUGGCCCUCUAGACGAGGAUCCUAUAUAUGAAGACCAUUCUCCUCAAGCGCUGAGGGUGGUCAAUGGAGGCAUAGACCCUAGGCAUAUGCGUAAGGGGAGCUACAUUGAGGAUGACUCGUACGCUGUACCUCUACCAUCUCAAGAGUAUGGCGGCUUGCCUGAGUUUCCAGUAUAUACAAAGGGUGGGGCGACUCCUGAUGUUUCAAGAAAACGAGAUUCUCGAGAUCAAUUGGCAGCAGGUGGCCGAUCGUCGGGCCGCACUGGACGUUCGGGUGCUAGAAGGUCCCUCAUAGUUGGACCGCAGCCACAGCCUCAAUUACCAUCCAACUCCCCAAAGUCUGUAUCGAAGCCUCGAUUUCCGGUUAAUCCUUCAGGAAACACUGAACACUACCGACAACAACAAUAUCAACAGCAAACCCAAAAUAAUUCUAGAUCUAGUCGACAUUUAAGUCAAAGCGUUGCCAGCCCGGGUCUUGGUCGAUAUAGUCCUCCGCUAGAAGCUGAUGAGGACGCUGAAUACGACGAAAUGAGAGCUCGAUCUAUUAUGAUCGGCUUCGAAGCCCCUUCACCUAGUACCACUGCCCAAAAUACACCGAAUGGACAUCAAUUUCCUCCUCAGCCACAGAAUUUGGCACCUUUCCAUAAUGUUGGCAGAGGCUCGAGAACCUCAGCUUCUAGUACCAACUCGGCCGUUGCAGGGAAACGUGGCCAUGCAGCAUCUUCGCAUUAUUCACAAGUAUCAUAUGUCUCUACUAUUCCCGAGGAGGCAUCCGAAUAUGGUCGUAACGCUCAUAACUCCUAUGCCUCCUCUCAUGUAAUACCCUCGAGCUGGGGCUCAGCUGUUGGAGGGCUUUGGAUACCUGCAUCGAACGAGGAAUUAAUGAGUGAUGCAUCUUCGAUAUCGAAGGGUAGCAAUAAGAGCCGGAAUAAUGAUUACGAGGACUUUGAUGAGGGCGCAACUCUUGUCCGACAAGCCAGUAUGGGACGGAAACAGAAGCCAAAAUUAACAAAUGUUCGAGCCAGAUCCACAGAGAGAUCUUCAGAAAGGUCUUCGGAGAGGUCCUCGGAGAAGUCCUCGGAAAAAUCCGAAUUGAGGUCAAAGUCCUCGAAGAGCGACUUGGCCAACAACCCGCAAAACCACGGGAGACGGGGUAGUAGUAUUGCUUCGUUGAAGCUGGCCGACCAAAAGAUGACAGGGAAGUCAGAAAAGAUGAUGAUGGCCUCUCAACCGAUUAGCAACCAGAUGGAGGUCUAUGACGAUCUACAACCACCUCCAAAGAUCGGAUUUUGGCAGAGGUUGUCGGCAAUAAGCACAAGGAGCAGUUCUUCGGAUAUGGCUCCAAAGCCUCUGCGCAUUCCUAGUGGGAAAAGCUCAUCAGAUGAGAGUUACACAACGAUGCAUGUCCGCAAUGGAAGUCAGAGCCCUUCUGUAGCUACUGGCCCGCUCGGUUCGAACUUAUCUAUCCCACAACCGGCCUUAAACCGACCUCGACCGCCAAGACUUAAUAUCGACGCUGUUAGGGAGGCAGAAGCGAGAGGCAGUCUGACCAGCUUGCCUGAGCUGAUAAGGCGAGCUACCAAACUUGCUGCAGUUCUAGAGACUGGAGCAAGACUAGACAGCAGAUGGGAAGGCAGUCGAGCACCGAGCAUGAUGAGUACGGAUACCUCAAACAUGCAUAGCUAUGGUCAUGGUCAUGGCCAUGGCCAUGGACACGGUCGAUACCAAGAAUCCCUUUCAGAUAUUCUCGCCUCCUUCCCACCGCCACUAGCAUCUUCCCGGCACUUAUCGAGUCGAGGGACGGGUUGGCCUCUCCCCGGAGACUUUGCAUACCUGCAAAGCGAAGAAACAUCCGAAAUCCGACGGAAACGUAAGAUCUGCGGUCUCCCGCUGUGGGCCUUCAUAUUACUGGUCCUUCUUGCAAUCGUUGUCGCAACAGCCGCAGUCAUCCUUCCGGUUCAGCUCGUAGCAUUAAGCAAGGACAAACAAAAAGUCACCUCACUUACCCCGGAUGCAUGCUCAAAGACUAACCCGUGUCUGAAUGGCGGGUUGGCGAGCGUUGAGGAUGGCAAGUGCAUGUGCGUCUGCACUAACGAGUUCUUCGGCGCCAACUGUGGACAAUCUAAUGACCCGGCCUGCACGAUAAUGCUUAUCCAAGAAACAACGAGUAGCGGCCCUGUAAGCCGGAACGUAUCAAUUGGACUUGCCAUCCCAAGACUUCUUGGUAUUUCAGACUCUAAAUUUAAAAUCCCCAUCAACUCGGCUACCCUUUCAAAUACAUUCUCGUCACAAAACACUACCUGCGCUUUGCAAAACGCUCUUGUCAUGUUGAAUGGCAGAACAAGUCCCCCCGGCACUACUUCGGAUUCCCAAAUCAAUACUGCAUCCACCGGAGUCGCCCUUGAUGAGAACGUUGUAGACUUUGCAAGAGUGGCGGUGUUAUAUCUUGCGAGCACUUUAGGGAUGCGACAGGCCGUUGAUGCACGGGAAAACCUUGGGGCGGUCUUCGCGGACGGUAAAGACUAUGGCACUGUCAGAGUUGAUGCCACGGCUGAAAUUGACCUGACAAAAUUACGCAUCUCUACUGGCUCCGGCAAGAAGGUCAUCGGUGGCCCAGCCUCGAAACUGAAGCACAAACGAUCCGAGAAUGUGAAGCAUGGUCACAUAGUCCGGAGGCAUAAAAUUCCUGGGGGGAUCGUUUGA